UGCUAAGAUGUUUUUAAGUACCGUUUUCAUAAAAACGUAUGAACAACUAAAAAUUGCUCUAAUUAACGAAUUUGAAAGAAAAGUUUCUAGUGCUGAAGCACAUAACGAAUUAAGUAAUCGGAAAAGAAAACAAAAUGAGGGCUGGCAACAGUAUCUUUUUUUAAUGCAAGAAAUUGCAUAUUCUGCUAAUAUAGACGACAGUAAUCUCAUCCAGUACGAUAUUAACGGAAUUAACGAUUCUAUUCAAAACAAAACUAUUUUUUAUAAUGCUAAUUCAAUAAGUCAAUUAAAAGAAGCUUUGCGAAAAUACGAUAUAAUGAAACAAAAUACAUCUGUAAGUCCUAAUACAUCAGUACAAAACAAAAGACGAGAUUUUGCAAGUUCAGCAUCGAAUAAAAUCACAAAAGCUCCAAUGAAAUGUUAUAAUUGCAAUCAAGAAAGUCACGUUUUUGCUAAAUGUCCACAACCCAGGCGACAAAAGGGUUCUUGUUACCGUUGUGGGAAAUUUGGGCAUCUGGCAACCAGUUGUCCUGAGCAUUCCAUCAGCGUAAUCGAGAAUUUUCACAAUUUUAGUCCAAAUCAUAACUUCGAAAAAUUUAUUAACUUUAUUUUUCUUUUAUCUAAUCAAGCGAAAAUAAACUACCAUUUACUCACUUUAUUGGACUCGGCAAGCACCAUCAGUCUAAUACAGGGAAAUUUUGUUAUGCCAGCAGCAAGAGAAAGUGGAUCCAGACAAAUUUAAAUUUUAUGGAAUCAAUAAGA